GGAUGUGGCAUGUGGAGUAUAACUGCAGUUCGAGUGGAGUACACUUCAGUUAUUCCGCAAUUACUGCGUCCAAAAUACCUCAGUCGACUGUUAAUGCACUUUUACUGCAGUUGCAAUCUUUUUUUGUAAGGGACACUUUGAAAGGCGCUGAAUUGACAAAGUGAUCCGCUUGAUCGCGUCCAAGGUCUAUGGUCCCAAGUACAAUACAAAAAAAAUAUAUUCCAUUUGCAAGAAGGGGUGGUCGCGCGCGUCAUCUGUCAGGUGCGUAGGUCGACAAGUUCACAGCAGUUGUGCUGUUCGAAUCAAACUGAUUUGAGCGCUUGUACAGUAGCUAUUAUAAGAAAGCGAUUAGGCUACUUUGGAUUACAAUAUGGCAGUUUACAAAUACCCCGUUUUCUUCGAGGUUCACAGUCUGGAUCCAGCACAGAAAGACAAGAUAGAAAAGUACUUUCAGGUUCGCCGUAAAUCUGGUGGUGGAGACUGCGGACCGAUACACAAUGUUGGUGACAACGUUUACAAGAUCUCAUUUAUUGACCGGACAGUCCAGGAGAGGGUACUUCAGAAACCUAAUCAUGUGUUGGAGAUGCCUGGAGGACCUCUCUCCCUCACUCUGAGAGACAGCCUGGAGACUCCACACACAACAAUCUCCACAGUCAGCAGUCAGAGUCACAAGUCCCUCCCAUUCCAUCCCUCCCUCCCUGUCCAGACAUCGCCACCUGGUGGCCUAGAGCAUGAACUCCAUCUAGACUCCUACCUCCUGAGAUACCUGAAGGAGAGCCCUGGGGCUGGAAGAGACCUGCAGCAGCAGCUGUCCUCUCUGAGCUGCUCUGUCCACCUCUACCCAGAGGAAGGGAGGGCAGUGGUCAGAGGCUCAGGCCAAGCUGGGUCAUGUGGAGAUGGGGUGGGACCAUGGAAGGCACAGGUAGAGAGACUGUUCAAACAGCUCCAGGAGCGGUACAAAUGCCACUAUGAGGUAGAUCCACGUAAGCGUCAGUCUCUGCUGCAAAGAAGUACCCUGGGUUUGGAGGAUGUGAAGGUUUACUGCGAGGCAGGGGAAGGGUUUGCGGUGGUGGUUGGGGAGGGGCCCGAGGUCCAGGCCAAGCUGAAGGAGCUUGAGGCCUUCCAGUCUCAGGGUCUGAGCUCCUGGAAGCAGGAGAAGACCAGCACCACCUGUCAACUUGGACAGUCCAAGCUCCGUCUUCUAGGGAAAGUGAUAGAGAAGGAUCUAGGUGAGGUUGUUCCAGGGGUGAAGGUGACACGCGGUGACUCCGGCCAGCUGGAGCUGAUGGGUUCAGCAAGUGAAGUCUGGACAGCCAGAAAGUUGGUUACAGAUAAGAUCUCUCUGGUGCUGGAGCGGGUGGUGCCUGAGGUGUCCCUCCACCUCCUGUCCUUCCUGAGAGAGCAGUAUGGGAGGCCUCGGAACCUGAGCAGUCUGCUGGGGUUGGGACACCAUGUGGAGGUAGAGCUGGGGGAUACAGAGCUCCGUCUGUUCUCCCUCUCCUCUGGGAAACUGGACCAAGCUGAGAAGGAUCUCCUAGUGGAGUUUGGGGAGGAGAAGAUUGACAUGCCCAACGGUGCUCUCUCGGCUGAACUGAAGUCCAAACUUGAGACAAAGGUGAAGGAGAUGAACCAGAGCAGAUGCCAGGUGGUAGCCAGGUUUGGUCCUGGGUGUAGAGUGCAGCUGCUUGGCCACCUGAAGCAGGUUCAGGAGCUGAGGGAGGAAAUUGGGGCCUUUUUGAAAGACCAGUCCAGUGUAAGAGUUGUGGGACGUCCUCAACAGAACCAUGGUGGCGCAGUCGGUGAAGCAGGCGCCGGACCAAGACCUAACGAGACGGUCGCAGCCACCAGCUAUCACCUCCACGGGGGGCUGCAUGUAGUUGUUUGUCAGGGUGACAUCACCAAGGAACGGGCAGACGCACUGGUGAACGCAGCCAAUGAGUAUCUGGAUCACGCUGGGGGCGUGGCUGCAGCUCUGAGCCGGGCAGGGGGGCCUGAGGUACAGCAGGCCAGCAGGGAUCUGGUUAGGCAGAUAGGGAGAGUGCCCACAGGUACAGUGGUAGAGACCACAGGAGGGAAUCUGCCUUGUAAGAUGUUGCUGCAUGCAGUGAGACCAGUAGGGGGCAGCGUAGGUGGGAAUGAGCGCUCUCUGCUGGAGAAGACAGUAAAGGCAGCCCUGGAUCUGGCAGAGUCCAUGGAACUCCAGACCUUGGCCAUGCCCUGCAUCAGCUCGGGGAUAUUCGGUGUUCCUCUGAAGGUGUGUUCUGAGGCCAUAGUCUCUGCAGUGAGGGACUUUGGGAGGGAACAGCGCAUCCUUACCAAGGUCACUCUGAUUGAUGUGAGUGGAGAGGCAGUGAGAGCCAUGCAGGAGGCCUGUGAUAGGCUGUUACAGGGGAAGAGGGAGUUUCCUGGGUGGGAGGGAGUGUCCAGCACCACCACUACCACUACACAUGCUCCUCAGAGAGACACCACUGCUGCGUCCGCCAGGGGACCAGUGGCUCCAGAGGUCUGUGUCCAGGUGGAGGUCAUCCAUGGAACCAUAGAGAAGCAGCAGGUGGAUGCCCUGGUGUCCCCCAUGGUUGGUAGUGACCCUCUCUCCUCCCGUAUUGGUAAUGUCUUGUCGGAGGCAGCUGGACCGGCGCUGAUGACAGUGUUUCUGAGGAAAUCAGGGGGACGGACUGCACCUGGUGACAACAUUCUGGUGGAGGGACUGUCUGGUCUCAGCUCUGGCCGUGUCUUCUUCCUCAGCUGUGCACACUGGGACAACAACCCCCAAGGACCAGCUGUACAGGCUCUGAGGCAAGGUGUGAGGAAAAUUCUGACCUCUUGUGAGAACCGGGGCUUCUGUUCCAUUGCGUUACCUGUAGUUGGAACUGGUGAGGUUCUCCAGUUCCCUCACAAUGUGGCAACGCAGGUUCUGCUAGAAGAGGUCCGUAGGUAUGAACAGAACCGAGCGAGCAGAACCCCCUUCCUUGUCCGCAUUGUCGUCCAUCCCAAUGACAGAGAUUCUACCAAGCUUUUCAAACUACCCAGAAUGCUUUGCAUCUCAGAGGGUUCAUAUAUGGCGCUCGACCAGAGCAAGACAUCAGGAUUGUGCUGCUUGGUAUAACCGGAGGAGGUAAAAGCAGUGCUGGAAACACCAUCUUCGGACAAGAUGAUGUGUUCCUCUCAGACAGUUCCUCCACCUCCUCAACACAAAUAUGUAAAGCU